CAAUUUCAUCGUUUUUUAAUACAAAGAAUAUUCAACCAGCUACGAUAGCAAUCCGGUAUAGUGUGAACGGGGCCUUACUUUAGUUCCGCUCAGCAAUUUUUCUCUGUUCAAUCACGAAAGGAAUAAUAAUGAUCUGUUCUAACAUUUUUUAGAACAGAUCAUCAUUAUAUGGGCAGACUGCGCCAAUGAAUACUUUUUGAUAGAACACAAAAGAUUAAUUGAAACCCAUGUAGUAUCCUGUUUCGUCUGUGUAAACCGCUUUGAGCUCAACAAAAUCAAUCAAUCAAUAAAAGAGAAUUUGCAAAAUGAAUACAAAUUUAUAGUUAAAUAGUAUUUAAGCAAAGAAAUAAAAGAUGUUUUUCGUGUUUUCAAUGGUUUAUGCAAACCUCGGAGACGUUUGUGAGAACUCUGGAGCAGAUGCAACACUCGACCUUCGGUCCCGGGCCUGCAAUGAUCUUCUUUCGGGUUCUCCUAAAGGAAACAUCUCUUUUUCUUAAAUAAUUAAUUAUUUUUCAAUUGUAGUCCGUAAUGAAAAAGAAUCAGAGUCCAGAUUAAUUUUUUGGAAGAACUCAAUUCAAUUAUUCAAAUACUAUGAUCAUAGUAUUUUGAAUUUUGUUCAUUUGCUCUGUUGCAAAUUAUGUUAAAGUUGUGUUGGGUUUCAAUUGUACAUUCGGGUACGUUGGGGACGAUAAGGAACAAUAUAGAAAACAUAUGUGGAACGGAAGUAGAGAGAGCAGAGAACGGAAAUGAGACAAGCGAGAGAAGCGAGAUACUUUGAGGAGUAAUAAUAAAUUUGUUUAAGAAACCAAAGUUUGUGAUUGUGAUUAUUCUUCGUGUUCCGAAUACAUUGGGACGGAGGUCAAUUUUCGGAAUACGUGGCACCUACCGACGAAGGAUUGUUAUUGUGAUAAAUUGUGAAAAUAUCGUACGAGAUAUUACGCGUCCCAUACAAACAUGGCCAACGACGAAGCAAAACUCAACAAAAAAUUAACUCAACUAAAGUUAUCUGCUCAAAGAACAGCUAAAAUAUUAGAUUCGGGAAAGCAAGAAACUAUCGAUCGACAACUGAACGCACUCAAAACAACUAUAAACGAAGCUGACAAUUUUAAAAGAGCUGUAGAAGCAGCGAAAAUCGAAAGAGAAGACGACCUUGAAGAAAUCAGCGAUUGGAAUGCGGAAAUCGAAACAAAAAUAAGCGAAGCCGAAGACGAAAUAAACAAGCUACAACACUUGCUGAACAAUAGGAAAUUAGAAGAGGAAAAUCACGCUCGCGAGGAGCAACUUAAAUUUGAAGUAAAGCUUCAAGAAACAAAGGCUCAAGUAAAUGCAAAAAUCCAAAAUUCAAAGUCCGGGGACUCAAAAAUAAGUGAUGAAGGUAUGUCGGUGAGAUUGCCAAAAAUAAAUAUUACGAAAUUUGAGGGGGAAUACAUGGAUUGGCCCAGAUUUUGGGGACAAUUUACGGAGACGGUGGACAAGUCAAAUAUAGCUGCCAUCAACAAAUUCACAUAUCUGUGUGGUUUCCUUGGGCCCAAAGUUAAGCGACGAGUAGAAUCAUUACCCUUUACCACCGAAGGAUACAAUAGAGCAAAGUCAAUUUUAAAAGAUCAGUAUGGGAAGAAUUCGGAAAUUAUAAAAGCUUACAUAAAAGAGAUCAUGGACUUGCCUCAUAUCUCCGGAGCAAACCCGAGAAAGAUUGCCGAAUUUAGUGAGAAGUUAAAUCACAGUUUCCAAGCUUUGGAAACUCUGGGUAAACUGAAGGAUGUCCAAGGAAAUGUUUCCAUGACUCUAGACAAACUCCCAGCCAUACGUGGGGACCUUGUUAGAAAUGAUCCAGAAUGGGAAAGUUGGGACUUUUCCAAGCUCACUGAAGCAGUCAGACAGUGGACCAGGCGAAAUCCAGUCUGUGAGAAAGAGUCAGACACACCUGGAUGGAAAUCUAGAAGGUCAGAGAAAGUCUUUCAUACUAAAGAAAAGGGGAUGUGCGUCUACUGUGAAGGAAAUCAUAAAUCGGGGGAAUGUAAAGUAAUCAGUACUGUCAAGGAGAGAAGAGCAAUUUUAGUCAAAAAGAAACUUUGUUUCAACUGCACAGCAGGACAGCAUCAUGCUAACGCUUGCCCCAGCAAGUCAUCAUGCAGAAAUUGCCACAAACGACACCAUACGAGCAUAUGUGAUGUCACCAAUCGAGAAGAACCACCGAAAACAGGUCAGACUGUGUUGACUACAGCUGGAUGUACUGGUGAAGGAAUUUUCCCCAUUCUUGUUGUCAAGAUAAAUGGAAUUACAUGUCGUGCAUUGAUCGACUCAGGGGCUGGAAGCUCAUACAUAUCUGGUAAACUUGCAUCUAUGCUGAGGGUGAAACCAAUUGAGACGCAAACCACUAAAGUUGACAUGCUUCUAACAUCAAAAACAACAAGACUGGAAAUCUAUGAAGGGGAAGUUGAAGCAAUAGACAGUGAUUAUUCAAUGAAGGUGAAGUUGAUCAAGGUGGAGAAAGAAGAGCUACUCACAGUGGACAAUCCACACUAUGAAAACUUACAAAGAGAGUUUGAACACCUGAAGAAUGCAAAAUUUGUUGAUAAUGAUCAGAAAGCUCAAUUACCUGUCCAUAUCGUUUUGGGAAGCGGGGAAUAUGCACGGAUAAAAACUCGCACGAAUCCACUAGUGGGAACUGAGGGGCAACCAAUUGCAGAAAAAACAAAACUCGGAUGGUUUGCCAUGAGCCCUGGUGUGGAACCAAACAGUAAAAGGAUGUUGCUUACCCAAGUUUCGCAGAAGGAUUAUGAAGAUCUCUGCAGGUUGGAUGUGCUGGGCCUAGCGGACACUGCUGAACACGACCAAUCAAUGGUGUAUAACGAAUUCAAAGAGCAAUUAACGCGAUCACCGGAGGGCUGGUACGAGACCGGUCUUCCAUGGCGCGGAAAUCAUCCACCUCUCCCAUCGAACAAAACAGGAAGCAUCAGAAGGUAGGAAUCUU